AUGGUCGGCCUGCCCGCGCGCGGCAAGUCCUACCUCGUGAAGAUGCUCGUGCGCUACCUGUCGUGGAUCGGCUUCCCGACGCGCAUCUUCAACGUCGGCGAGCUGCGGCGGCGGCGGGGCCUCGCGGGCGCGACGGCGGAGUUCUUCGCCAAUACCCAAGAAGCGCGGAACGAGCGCGAGCGCCUCGCGAUGCUCUGCCAGGAGGACAUGUACGCGUGGCUCGACGGCCAGCCGUCGUCCUGCGUCGCCAUCUUCGACGCGACGAACACGACGGUGGCGCGGCGCGAGGCGCUCGCGCGGCGCUGCGCGGAAGCGGGCGGCGACGUGUCGCUCGUCUUCGUCGAGUCCAUCUGCGACGACCCCGUCGUCCUCGAGCGCAACUACCGCAUGAAGCUGCAGAACGCGGACUACAAGGGCACGGACCCGGCGUCGGCCCUCGCGGACUUCGUGCGGCGCGUCGAGGAGUACGAGUCGCGCUACGAGACCAUCGACGACGGCGAGGAGAGCGCCUACGUGAAGCUCAUCAACGUCGGCGAGAAGGUGAUCACGCGGCGCUGCAGCGGCUACCUGACGUCGCACCUCAGCUUCUUCCUGGGCAACGUGCACAUCGCGCCGCGGCGCAUCUGGCUCGCGCUGCACGGCGAGAGCCGCGCGCAGGUCGAGGGCGCGCAGGUCGGCGCCAUCUCCGGCGGCCUCACGGCGCGGGGGCAGGUCUUCGCGAAGCGGCUCGCGGCCUUUGUGUCCGAGGCGCACGCCAAAUUUCGCGCGGACUUUGGGCUCGGCGACGAGGCGUUGGUCGUGCUGACGGGCAACGCGCCGAUCCACGGCGAGACCGUGCGGCCCCUGCUCCAGGGCGCGCGCCGGGGCGACGGGUUGGCUUCCGAGCCCGCGGUGCUCACGAGCUCGCUGCUCAACGAGCUCUGCGGCGGCGACUUCGACGGGCUGAGCGCCGCGGAGUUCGUCGAGCGCUACCCGCAGAUCUGGCAGAAGCGCAUGGCGGACAAGCUGCGAUUCCGCUACCCGGGCGCGGGCGGCGAGUCCUACCUCGACGUCAUCGCGCGGCUCCGGCCCAUCCUCAUCGAGCUCGAGCGGCAGAAGCGGUCCGUGCUCCUCGUGUCGCAUCUCGCGGUGCAGCGCUGCCUCUACUCCUACUUCACGGGCACGGACAUCGAGGCCAUCCCCUACCUGCCGCUGCCGAGCGGCGCCGUGCUCGAGCUCACGCCGACGCCCCACGGCACGACGGUGGAGACGCACGUGCUCCUCGCGGACGACGAGGUCGUCGAGGCGACGUCGCCGGUGACGCCGCUGGCGCCGCCGUCGGACACGCCGCCCCUGGCGCGCAAGCGGCGCCAGCGGCCCGCCGUGUCGCCCCACCACUCCGUCGCGACGCCCCCGGCGCACUUCCGGGGCCGCGUCGGCUCCGACGACCUCGACGUCGCCUCCGUCGGGAGCCUGGGCGCGCUGCUGCGGGCGUCGACCAUCGACGAGGACGCGGCGAGCUAA